AACACUCGACCAGUGCCCACGAUGAGGAACAUGAGCGUGAGGACAAAUCUAGAUAGUAAUAGCGACUACAGUCUUCAAUUGAACCGGUGGCUCUUGAAACCGAUCGGCGUUUGGCCAUCGUCGUCCACCGCCUCUAGACACGAAAAGAUCAUUUCAAUCAUUAUGAACAUCGUUUGCUACAGUUCCGUAAUGUUCGCAAUGAUCCCAUGCAUGUUGCGUAUGGUUUUAGAAGAAGAAAGCUUUUACAUGAAGCUGAAGUCGCUAGGUCCUGUGAGCCAUUGGACCGUCAGUGUCGUGAAUUACAGCACAUUGUUGCUGCGACGUAACGACAUUCGUUAUUUCGUGGAACACAUGAGAACAGAUUGGAGACGGAUAACUAGAGAAAAGGAUCAGGAAAUAAUGAUGAAGAACGCCAAGUUUGGCCGCUACGUUAUCACAUUUUGCGCGGCGUUCAUGCAGGGCAGUAUUUUGGGCUUUUGCUUCGUAACAGCGAUGACUACACAGGCGGUUCAAGUCGGCAACGAGACAAGAAUCCUGUACGUAUUACCUUGUGCAGUGUACGAGAAACUAUUGAACGUGAACGAAAAUCCCACAAAUGAAAUCGUCCUGUUCGCACAAAUUUGGGCGGCCGUUAUCGCGACUUCCAGCACAGUAGGCAUUUUUAGUUUGUCUGCCGUCUUGGCCGCACACGCGCGUGGCCAAUUAAGAGUGCUCACCGAGUGGAUCACCGAAUUUGUGAACAAAUCGAGAAGCGAUAAGACGGGACCGUUGAGAGAAAUCGGAAUGAUCGUCGAACAUCAUUUGAGAGCACUAAAUUUUAUUUCAUACACCGAGGAAGCGAUGAACAAAAUAUAUUUGCUAGAAUUGUUUAGAUGCACGAUGAUUAUGUGCGUAAUUGAGUUCUGGAUUCUCACGGAAUGGGACGAUAAGAACAUUCAGAAUCUCACCACGUACUUUAUGAUGUACCUUUCGAUUUGUUUUAACAUUUUUAUAAUAUGCUAUAUCGGUGAAAUACUGACGGAAGAGUGCAGGAAAGUUGGUGAAGUGGUUUACAUGACGAAUUGGUAUUAUUUACCCGACAACCAUAUCCUCGACUUGAUAAUGAUCAUCGCUCGUUCGAGCGUGGUUGUUCAAAUUACCGCUGGCAAAAUAUUUCACAUGUCCAUAUACACGUUUGGUGAUGUGUUGAAAACCGGGUUUGCAUACCUGAAUCUGUUGCGAAACAUGACUUAAUAAAAUGUACCAUUAUAUGUAGUUUAGGAUAUGUAUAUGUACUAUUAUGAA